AGUCUCGGCUCGUUUGGUCGGUGUCGGGUUGUUUCAGGAGAUCCGCCGUUCUCGCGACGCGCACACCGACUGGAAAAUGUGAAACGAAAGAUUCGCGCUCGAUGAAUAACGACAGAAAGCCGCCCUGCGGACGUCGAUGUGCAGAUGAAAGAUGGUAUCUAAACGGAAGCGCUGAAGGGUGUUUCAUCAGCAGCAUUAUGACCUCAGAGACGUGGAGAGCUUCGAGUGAGAUCUCACGGUGAGACAUUACCCAGCGUCUGUUCUCCUCUUCACCUCCAACGCAUCAAGAUGACAGACAGGCGUCUGCGGAGACACCCCCCUCACGUGGCCGGGAACAUCUGAGCCCCCUGGUUGACCCGUGGACAGAGAACAUGGCUCAGACGAGUCUGCUGCAGGGUAAACGCUUCUACUGCAGAGAGUGGGUCUUCCACAAGAUCCAGCACUGCCUUCAGGAGAAAACCAACAGCCUCGGAAUCACAGAAGCGCCCGUCGGCGGGCCGUUGUCUGGAGCGGGGAAGGGCGGCUCGUGGGGGGUUCUGCUGGUGGGCGGGCCCGGCAGCGGAAAGACGGCUUUAUGUACUGAGUUACUGUGGCCCACUUCUGUUCCCGGCGUCCACCGCGGCCUGCACAAGCACUGUCUGGCCUUUCACUUCUGUCGGGCGGAGGACUCGGACACGCUGUGUGUGAGCGGAUUCGUCCGCGCGCUGGUGUCGCAGAUAUGUCGCUCUGAACUCGUCCCGGGUUAUGAGGAGAAAGUGAGAGAGCCGGCGGUUCAGAGCGCUCUGCAGCCUGGAGAAUGCGAGAGGAACCCAGCCGAGAGUUUCAAGAGGUGUGUGUUGUUGCCGUUGUUGAGCUGUAAGGCUCCUCCUCAGGCUCUGUUUGUGAUGGUGGAUUCAGUGGAUGAGGACUCUUCUGUAGGGGACAGAGGUCAGAGGUCAGGGAACAUCACUGAGCUGCUGGCCGCACAUCAUGAGCACUUUCCACCCUGGCUGCUUCUCAUCUGCUCCGCCCGCCGACAGAACAAACACAUCACCAAACUCUUCACAGUAUGA